CUCGCAUCCCGUCUCCAGCACUGACCGGAAGUCUGCCGUGCAGCGCUUGGGUGAGACAAGCCCAGCUGGCACCGACAGGGGACGAGGCCUGGCGAGGCAAGAGGCGUCGAGAAGAGAAUGGGCGUCGGGCUGGAAAAGCAGAGCUGGGCAAGGCACACUGGGCAAAGGCGCUCGUGUCUGACGGAAACUGUGGUAACGCAAGGGCUUUGCCGCCACCUUGAGUGUGGCCCGCCUGGCUUUGUGCAGGGCGACCUCCCCCAGCGACUGCAGCCCCCCUGUGAGCAGGAUUGUGCAGCCUCUGCGGCCGCUGCUUUACGUGCCCAGCUGGAUGUGACCAGGGUUCCCGCCUCGCAGCCCGUCUCCAGUCCUGACCGGAAGUCUGCCGUGCAGCGCUUGGGUGAGACAAGCCCAGCUGGCACCGACAGGGGACGAGGCCUGGCGCGGCGAGGCAAGAGGCGUCGAGAAGAGAAUGGGCGUCGGGCUGGAAAAGCAGAGCUGGGCAAGGCACACUGGGCAAAGGCGCUCGUGUCUGACGGAAACUGUGGGACACAGCGAAGGCCCCGUAGUUCAGGGCCCGGGUCUCUGCCUCCACGGCAGCGUGUCCUGUUGUCAACGUGUCAGCUCAGCAGCCCUGUAGUCGGGACCUGUGUGCAGCGACUGCAGCCCCCCUGUGAGCAGGAUUGUGCAGCCUCUGCGGCCGCUGCUUUACGUGCCCAGCUGGAUGUGACCAGGGUUCCCGCCUCGCAUCCCGUCUCCAGCACUGACCGGAAGUCUGCCGUGCAGCGCUUGGGUGAGACAAGCCCAGGUGGGAGGGCUUUGCGGCGCCGGGGCUGCCUGCGGCUGGCACCGACAGGGGACGAGGCCUGGCGCGGCGAGGCAAGAGGCGUCGAGAAGAGAAUGGGCGUCGGGCUGGAAAAGCAGAGCUGGGCAAGGCACACUGGGCAAAGGCGCUCGUGUCUGACGGAAACUGUGGUAACGCAAGGGCUUUGCCGCCACCUUGAGUGUGGCCCGCCUGGCUUUGUGCAGGGCGACCUCCCCCAGCGACUGCAGCCCCCCUGUGAGCAGGAUUGUGCAGCCUCUGCGGCCGCUGCUUUACGUGCCCAGCUGGAUGUGACCAGGGUUCCCGCCUCGCAUCCCGUCUCCAGCACUGACCGGAAGUCUGCCGUGCAGCGCUUGGGUGAGACAAGCCCAGGUGGGAGGGCUUUGCGGCGCCGGGGCUGCCUGCGGCUGGCACCGACAGGGGACGAGGCCUGGCGCGGCGAGGCAAGAGGCGUCGAGAAGAGAAUGGGCGUCGGGCUGGAAAAGCAGAGCUGGGCAAGGCACACUGGGCAAAGGCGCUCGUGUCUGACGGAAACUGUGGUAACGCAAGGGCUUUGCCGCCACCUUGAGUGUGGCCCGCCUGGCUUUGUGCAGGGCGACCUCCCCCAGCGACUGCAGCCCCCCUGUGAGCAGGAUUGUGCAGCCUCUGCGGCCGCUGCUUUACGUGCCCAGCUGGAUGUGACCAGGGUUCCCGCCUCGCAUCCCGUCUCCAGCACUGACCGGAAGUCUGCCGUGCAGCGCUUGGGUGAGACAAGCCCAGCUGGCACCGACAGGGGACGAGGCCUGGCGCGGCGAGGCAAGAGGCGUCGAGAAGAGAAUGGGCGUCGGGCUGGAAAAGCAGAGCUGGGCAAGGCACACUGGGCAAAGGCGCUCGUGUCUGACGGAAACUGUGGGACACAGCGAAGGCCCCGUAGUUCAGGGCCCGGGUCUCUGCCUCCACGGCAGCGUGUCCUGUUGUCAACGUGUCAGCUCAGCAGCCCUGUAGUCGGGGCCUGUGUGCAGCGACUGCAGCCCCCCUGUGAGCAGGAUUGUGCAGCCUCUGCGGCCGCUGCUUUACGUGCCCAGCUGGAUGUGACCAGGGUUCCCGCCUCGCAGCCCGUCUCCAGUCCUGACCGGAAGUCUGCCGUGCAGCGCUUGGGUGAGACAAGCCCAGGUGGGAGGGCUUUGCGGCGCCGGGGCUGCCUGCGGCUGGCACCGACAGGGGACGAGGCCUGGCGCGGCGAGGCAAGAGGCGUCGAGAAGAGAAUGGGCGUCGGGCUGGAAAAGCAGAGCUGGGCAAGGCACACUGGGCAAAGGCGCUCGUGUCUGACGGAAACUGUGGUAACGCAAGGGCUUUGCCGCCACCUUGAGUGUGGCCCGCCUGGCUUUGUGCAGGGCGACCUCCCCCAGCGACUGCAGCCCCCCUGUGAGCAGGAUUGUGCAGCCUCUGCGGCCGCUGCUUUACGUGCCCAGCUGGAUGUGACCAGGGUUCCCGCCUCGCAGCCCGUCUCCAGUCCUGACCGGAAGUCUGCCGUGCAGCGCUUGGGUGAGACAAGCCCAGCUGGCACCGACAGGGGACGAGGCCUGGCGCGGCGAGGCAAGAGGCGUCGAGAAGAGAGUGGGCGUCGGGCUGGAAAAGCAGAGCUGGGCAAGGCACACUGGGCAAAGGCGCUCGUGUCUGACGGAAACUGUGGUAACGCAAGGGCUUUGCCGCCACCUUGAGUGUGGCCCGCCUGGCUUUGUGCAGGGCGACCUCCCCGUAAGCAGGCUCAGUGUUUGUGCCGUCGUUUGCCUUCGGCUGCUUUGCUCCUUUGGCUGCCCGGAGCCCGGCUGCCCUGUAAGGAGGGCGCGAGCCGGUGUCUCCAGGCCCGUGGGGAAAAGGGAGCAACCUGGUCCCCGAGCCUCCCGUGUAAGCGGGGUAGGGUCCUUUCCACAGGCCCGGCAGCUUCUGGGCUGUGGGCUGCCUGUGCAGCGUGACCCCCUGUACUCGGGGCGUGUCGCAGCUUUUGUCCUUUGGCCACCCCUGAAGGCCUUUGGUGUCCCGAGGCUUCCCUGCGCUCCACACAGUCUGGCGAGGCCAAGUCUGACCCUCUUCUCUCCUGCUCCGGGGUAAGGAUGGCUGUCCCAACAGUGGCUGCCCAGGGCUUGCUCCCUCUCCUGGGAAGAGGUGUGUGUAUGGCCCCGCCCUUGCCUCUGCGUGUGUGUCUGUGUGUGCGUGCGCGUGCUUGUCGUUUAGGUUGCUGUGAAA